GCCAACGUAUUCUUUCGUAGGCGUCGUUCGGGUCAAAGUGAACGUUCGCCUGCGUUUAUUGGAAUAUCGUUCGUUUUCAAAGUUAAUUAUUUGAAAUAUUUUUAAAAGACGUGUUAUAUACUCGAUCAAGUUAUUUCGUGAUUAUUUUUGGUUACUUUUUUGUAAUUCUAAUAUUUUCCAAAAUAACAAAUAACAAAUUUUUAAGAUAGAAAUGCGUGAAUUAGAAAGUCAAAGAAUUUUAAAAGACGAAGAAUGUUUUGAAGUCAUAAGAAAGAAACUUCAUCGAGAUUGUAUGGAAGAUUUUUCUUUGAUCGAUUAUGAAUUAGUGCCUAUAGAUGGUGUUAAUGGUUACAUGGGUCAAUAUUUUAAACUCAAGGCUAAGGUCGCACGACCGAUGACACCGUUGGAAACAAAAGAUUUGAAUUUUUUCACAAAAAUACCACCACCUACCAGUAGUCCUCAAUAUGAGUUCAUUCAACAAUAUGGUACCUUCAAGAAAGAGGUAGAACUUUAUACCAGAGUUUUUCCUGAAGUUUUGGAUGGUACCGAACAAAGGUAUAUACCAGAGUGUUUCUUGGGUUUGGAGGAUGAUGUUAUUGUGUUGGAAGAUAUGGCACAUAGAGGAUUCGUCAUGACAGAUAAGUUUGAAACAUUUGAUUUUGAACAUUGUCAGGUGUUGAUGAAAACACUUGCCAGGUUUCAUGCGAAAUCGUUUAUCUUCGAGGAACAGUAUAAAAGAAAUCUACACGACGAAUUCUCUCAUUGCAUGCAAGAAACACUUUGGUCUCUAAAAGACGGUAGAAGCAAAGCCAUGUUCGAUGCAGCUGUUAAGGGAACGGUUUCUAUGAUUGGAAUUUUACCAAAUCUUAAUGAUAAUCAGAAAGAAGUAUUUAAAGGAAAAGUCAUGGAUUUAUCCGUAAGUCACAUGGACAAAUUAUCACCCUCGUCUAAGCACAAGAACGUUUUGUGUCAUGGUGAUUUAUGGACGAAUAAUAUUUUAUUUAAAUAUGACAAAGAUAAAAAACCGAUCGAGUGUUGUUUGAUAGAUUUUCAAUUAGCCAGGUACAACCCACCAGCACAUGAUAUUCUAUGCUUUUUCCAAUUUACGACUAGCCGAGAAUUACGAGAAAAACAUGGCGAGACCUUGUUGAAAAUUUAUUAUGAUUCAAUGACAGAGGCCUUGAAAGAAGCAGAUUUAAACAUAUCAACGAUCUUUCCCUGGUCCGAAUUUAUAUCGUCCAUCGAAGAUUUACGUACUAUGUGUAUUACUCAUGGUGUUUUGAAUACUCCGAUCAUGCUUUUGGAUCCUGGCGCUGCAAGCAAGUACUUCAGCGAGGAGCCGGAACUUCUCGAAAGUGUUCUCUACGUCGAUAGAACUCCACUUAUUUGUGGACAAUUCGAGAAUGUUCCGAGAUAUCGAGCCAGGAUGCUCGAAGGUUUGCUUGAGUUACAUGAUCAUUUGAUCGACUAAAUUUUUUCUUUUUCUUUCACCAAAAGUUCGACCUGUCGUAUUUCCCUGUAGUUUAAUAUCGAAUUUCUCUUCGAAAUGAUUCGUAUAUUUGCAAUAUUUUGAAUAUUGUUAAAAAUACAAAAAUUUUACAAAUAAUAAUUUAAGUUUUCGAUCUCGGAUAUGUCAAUUCGAUUGAUUGAAUAAAAAAGUAUUAGUAAUGUUAGCUGCAAAUAAAUUUGCAAAAGAAACUAGUACCUUAUUUUAUUUUUAAAUUUCUUCAUUAAUAUAUUAUACCCACCUUGAAAUAGAAUUAUGAAUGAAUCUCGAUAGAAAUAUCCUUUAAGUAUUCUGCAAAGAAAUAUUUUUAAAUGAGGAAGGAUUAUAUAUUCGAAUAUUAUUUAAAAUAAAAAUGAUAUUAAAAUUCGAUGAUGGUAUAGAAACGUUCAAAAAUAAUAACAAUCUUAUCGAUCGUGUGAACGGUAUUACCCUAAUCGGGACACGCUCGAAAUAGGGCAUCCGUUCUAUUUUAUUACAAACUCUGAUGUGAAUAUCGCACACCGAAACGUGAGGCAUAAUGGGACUCUUGUAAUUUCAUACCUUUUAUGUAUAUAAUUAUUUAUAUCGUCAAUUAUAAUGAAUAUAUAGUUAUGUACAAUAUUGAAUCUCAUUCUUUAACAAUAACAUCAACAACAUGAUUAAACAACGUUCCUCAUUGGUACACAAA